CCAUUAUUACCAAAUAUAUAUAUAUAACUCUAUGGCAUUCCCAACUCAUAUUUCAUAAAUCAUCUAUCUAUCUAUCUAUAUCUCUUCCGUUCUAUUCGGACCAUAAAUUUCUCCUGAAUACGCAAUAAAACCGUGUUGAUUAUUAGUAAUUCUGAACAGUUUUUGGAAGAGAGAGAGAGAUAAUGGAUGUGUUCGAAAAGACAGAAAUGGAGGAACAGGAUGAAGGACAGAGGUUGUUGUCGGAAGGGGUGACGGUUGUUGAUUUUGAUAUGUUAUGUUCAACGGUGGCGAUGCAAGCACAAAAGGGACAGUGGGUCAAGUUGAAUUUGAACAAUGAUGGGGGUAAUGAAGAAUAUGAUUACGGUGGAGGUGUUUUAAGGAUGUGGGAAGGCGAGCUUUUCUGUGAUUGUCUUGAGGAUCGUCGCAUCGCUAUUCAAUCCGUUUGCUGCCCAUGGUACAGAUUUGGAAAGAAUAUGAAACGCGCUGGUUUUGGUUCCUGCUUUGUUCAGGGCUCUGUAUAUUUGAUUCUCACUCUUGUUGCUCUCCUGAGCAUGUUGGCAUUCAUUGUCACGAAGAAGCACUGCUUUCUCUACAUUGGUGGUGCUUUUAUAAUCUCAGUUGGAUUAUAUAUGGGUUAUCACCGCACAAAAAUGAGAAACAAGUUCAAUAUCAGAGGUGAUAGUUCUUUGGAUGAUUGCAUCUUCCAUUUGACCUGUCCAUGCUGCACCUUAUCUCAGGAAGCUAGAACAUUAGAGAUGAACAAUGUCCAAGACGGCAUUUGGCAUGGUAGAGGUGAUACCAUAUGCAUAGGAAGUUAUUCUGAACUUGGCAAGACUCCAUUUGAGCUAAGCCCGCCUGCUAUUGUGUCAACAAAGUCCUGAACCAUCAACGAUGCCAGGGCUGAGGACGCAUGAAAGAAUGACAAUACACCUAGUAGUUAAUUCUAGAGUAGUAGAGCUUCCUUCAAAUUGUUCUCUCCCUUGAAAAACAAGCCUACAAGCGAGGUCCUGAGUUAGCAACGUUCUUCUUCCAGAAAGGAAGAAUUCCAUUAAACUUGCCAUGCACACAAGGAGAGAGUCCCGUAUAGAUUAUCGCAUGCAAUGCCAAGGCACAGAAUGCCUGCUGGUUUUUAGGAAGCAAGGCAUUUUCCAGCGUCAAAGUGGCAAAUGCUUCAGAUAGAUGUGCUUCCAAUUUCAAAGAUGUACUGCAAAUAGGAAACUUGCAAGCAAUGUUAUAUAUGUAAUAUAAGCAAAUGCUUCCAGAAAGGAAUUAGGGAGGCCGUUGCGUAUCGAUCACCUAGGUGAAGUCCAUUUCUUUUUAGAAUAGCACAGGCUUUCGUGUGUAUAUAUUCCAUUGAGUCAUAGAAUGAAAAGAGAGAUUCUACUUGUCUCCUGGACUAAAUUCUUGGAGAAGAUAGAAUUUCUUCUUGAUCCUGCUUAUUAGAUUUCUCAUUCGUUUAAAAGUUGUUCAAUUUACCAUGUAUAAUACGCUCUGUUGGUCUU